AUGAAUACAAGAGUUGGUGCUAUUUUGACAAGCCUGAAGAAGGAGAUUCUCGAAAGUAAUAAGAACAUACUUUUUAUUACGGGAGCAGGACUCAGUUUGGACUCCGGAAUCCCUCUCUUUAGAUCGGAAUCUAACGGUGGUGAUGGAUCAGCAAUUUGGAAUUCGGAACUAGAAGCCUGGGCAACAAUAGAAAGUUUUAAAAAGGACCCUGUAAAAUGGUACUCUACUUUUUAUAGUAAUUUCAAGUUCUGGAAUAGCUUUCUAACAGCUGAACCAAAUGAAGGACAUAAAGUUCUCUCGAAGUUAUGCUCUGACCAUCCCAACAGAAUUAGAGUAAUUACUCAAAAUAUUGAUGGACUGAUGCAGAAGUCAAAUUGCCCAAAAGAAAGUAUUAUCGAAGUCCAUGGAAGAAUUCAUUACCUUAGGUGCACUAACCCCAAUUGUGAAUAUUCCUGUUCAAAAUAUUCAUAUAUAGAUUGGAAAGAAAUUUUGGAUCAAGAAAAUAAAAUCUCUAAAAACUUUUACUUGAAAUGGUCUUGUCCCUCUUGCAGUUCUCCUUCACUACCCCUAUUCCUACUCUUCGACGAGUCAUACACUAGCCAUGCUUUCUAUCAAUGGCGAAAGGCCCAAACAUGGAUGAAUGAGGCUGAUAUGAUGAUUUUUAUUGGCACAUCAUUCAGUGUGUUUUGUACGGAUUGUUGCUUACACUAUGCAUACAACAACCAGAUCCCUAUUUACAAUGUGAACAUCCGCCCCUCUCCAAUCUACUUUGAGCUUAAUAAUAGGUAUCUAGGUGAUUCUGAGCUUGUUGAGUACCCAAACAACCUUGUAAAUAAUAUAAUAAAGACCUCAACAGAUUUUCUAGUGGCACUAUCAUCUCGAGAGAAUAACUAA